AUGGCGACAACUUUAACCCGUGCAUUGAAAAUAACAUAUCCUAUUAUCCAGGCACCUUGUGCUGGCCAUACUGGAAGUGAUUUAGUAGCCGCUGUCAGUGAAGUGGGAGGCCUUGGAUCAUUGGGAGCUGGAAUGAUACCUGCUGAUGAACUUCGAACUCUUAUCCGAUCUAUUCGAGCCAAAACAUCGAAGCCUUUCGCUGUCAAUCUCUUUUGUCGUACUACCAAAGCGCCUACUGAAGCAGAGCUUAACAAGCAUUAUGCGCCUACUGAUGAUGUGCUAAACAAAAUCCGUCAGGAGCUAAGCUUGCCGCAACCUGAGAAGUUCCAAUUAAGGUCUCCGCCAUUUGAUGCUCAAAUCAAUGUACUGUUAGAGGAGCAUGUUCCAGUUGUUUCAUUCACAUUUGGUCUUUUACCAGAUACAAUACUUCAAAGAUUUUGGAGUAACGGCACAUUUCUUAUUGGUACAGCGACGACGGUAAAUGAAGCUAAAGUACUAGCAGGAUUGUGUCCUACAGAUCCGACGAGAAAGGCAGAUGCUAUUGUAUUACAAGGUUUGGAAGCGGGUGGUCACCGAGGCAGCUUCUCACCGGUAAUGAGGGACGUGGCUGAUGAGGAUCAAAAACAAUUACCUACUGAAAAGUUGGUCAAAGCUGUUCGAUCCAUUUGCGAUCGCUUUCCUAUCCCCAUUAUUGCUGCAGGAGGCCUAUCGACUGGGGAAGAUGUAUAUCUUGCUCUGAACGAUUGGAAGGCUGAUGCUGUUGCUUUAGGUACUUUAUUCAUGCUGGCGAAAGAAUCAAGCACGCCCACAGCACAUCGCAAAUUUUUGUUAAACUCGGCUAACGUCGCAGAGCAAACCAAAAUCACAAGGGCUAUUACUGGUAGAUACGUACGUGCUUAUCCUAAUUUGCUGAUGAAGCGCAUUGAGGACGUUAUUUUUGAGCAAAGCAAUGGUGACGACUCAGUUAUACCACACUAUGAUAUCCACUCUUCAAAGACCAAAGACAUUGCAACAUAUGCAACUAAGUGCAAUUUAACAGAUUAUAUGUUAUUGUUAGCAGGCCAAAAUGCAUCUGCUGCUGCAGAAUUUUCUGACAAUGGCACCUUAAAUGCAAAGCAAAUUUUGGAUAAAUUAGUAACGGAUGCACAUCAGCGAGUAAAGGGCUAA